CUUCGAGUUGCGCAAGUUAGAGUUGUAGACUAUCACGUGACUGGCUUCCAAAAACAGCCUAGACCCGUUUCUGAGCGCCAGGCACCCCUAAGCUGUAUUGCCACUGCUCCUCCGCAUUUCUUUCGCACACCAACGUUGGCCAGCUGUGCACAGCAACAGUAUCAACCAACCUCUAUCACUAUGUCGUGGCGCAACCAGGGCAUCACUGGGUCGAAUAACAUCCCGCUCGGCACCCGUCGACGCUUCGGCGGCGAGAGUAACGGCAAUGCAGACGAUGUGGGAUAUAAUCCUGCUGAGCCAGCCAACGGAAUGUCUGACCUGAAGCGUGGACGCAGCCCGACUCGAGAUGCCGACGGCACCAAGCGACGCAAGAAGCGCAAUCGAUGGGGUGAUGCGAGUGAGAACAAGGCUGCCGGCUUGAUGGGCCUACCCACCGCCAUCUACUCAGCCAUGACCACCGAGCAGCUUGACGCAUAUACACUCCAUUUGCGCAUCGAGGAAAUCACUCAGAAGCUCAAGAUCAACGACGUUGUUCCAGCGGAUGGGGAUAGGUCUCCUUCUCCACCACCGCAAUAUGACAACUACGGUCGCCGUGUCAAUACGCGCGAGUUCCGUUACCGCAAGCGCCUUGAAGAUGAGCGUCAUAAGCUUGUUGAGAAGGCCAUGAAGACCCUUCCUAACUACCACCCACCUGCUGAUUACAGGCGCCCAACCAAGACCCAGGAAAAGGUCUACGUGCCUGUCAAUGACUAUCCAGAGAUUAACUUCAUUGGUCUACUUAUUGGCCCUCGAGGCAACACUUUGAAGAAGAUGGAGACCGAGUCUGGCGCAAAGAUCGCAAUCCGUGGCAAAGGCUCCGUCAAGGAGGGCAAAGGACGUUCUGACGCAGCUCAUACCAGCAACCAGGAGGAGGAUUUGCACUGUCUGAUCAUGGCCGACACCGAGGAGAAGGUCAACAAGGCGAAGAAGUUGAUCCACAACGUCAUUGAAACGGCUGCUUCUAUCCCCGAGGGCCAGAACGAACUGAAGCGCAACCAGUUGCGUGAGCUUGCCGCCCUCAACGGUACCCUUCGUGACGACGAAAACCAGGCCUGCCAGAACUGUGGAGAGAUCGGUCACCGCAAGUACGACUGUCCUCAGAAGCAAAACUUCACCGCAAGCAUCAUCUGUCGUGUCUGUGGUCAGGCGGGCCAUAUGGCUCGCGAUUGUCCUCAACGCAAGCGUGGAACCGAUUGGCGCAACGACACUCGCUAUGGCGAUCGCAACCAAGGAAAAAUCGGUGCUGGAGAGAACGAGCUGGACAAUUUCCUCAACGAGAUGGGCGCCGACAGCGGCCGACCAGCCGGAGCCAUCGAAUACCAAAACGGUGGAGACGACGCUGGUUAUGGCAACGAACAGCGCGAUGUCAAGCCUUGGGAGCGUGGCCCGACUGGCGCGCCCGCCCCAUGGACUCGCAACGACCGAAACGAUCGCGAUUCUGGUUCUGGUGGCGGCGCUCCCCCGCCAUGGGCGGGCGGAGGAGGUAGCGGAGGCGGUUACAACAGCCAUGGUAGCCAAGGAGGCUACAACAGCAACAACAAUUCUUCCGCUGCUCCCUGGGCUGCUGCUGGAUCUGCUGGCAAUGCUUCUUACGGCUAUGGUGGUUAUGGCUACGACCAACCCGCCCCACCCGUCGCUGCCCCUCCCGGCAUGAACUCAUAUGCUGGAUACGGCGCGCAAGCUGGACCUCCCCCAGGCCUCGGACCUCUUUUCCAGAACUAUGGUGGAGCUGGCAGUCCUCCGCCUCCCCCACCAGGAGGUGCUCCUCCACCACCUCCACCACCGCCUCCUCCUCCCCCAGCUGACAUUCCUCCUCCCCCUCCACCUUCGGAAGCACCUCCUCCUCCUCCUCCCCCUCCCCCACCGCCACCCGCUUAG